AUGAUAGAACUAGGCUGUAUUGAUUGCAAAGCCUUUCUCUGUCCUAAAUGCUUUGCCUUAGCCCAUAAUGGUCACAGAAUGCUAGAUUUAGAAAUAGCUUACAAUGAAAGUUUUAAACAUUGUCAGAAGGAAAUGUUCGAGAUCCAAGACAUUCUUUUACCGCAAUUGAGGCAAAAUCUUCAGAUAAAGCAGGAAAGUGUAACUACUGUUAAAAAACAGAUAAAGGAAAUAAGGUCAUCCAUGAGGAAGAGAGCAGACGAGAUCAUAAAAGCUAUCGAAACUAUUUUUAAUGACAAUAAUUCUAUGCUUGAAAGAAUUGAAAAAUCUGUGCUUGGCCACAUGGACAGAGAAAAAGAAGAGACAGAAGAUUAUAUUUCUUAUCUUGAAGAAUUGUCAGAAAAUCUAAACAAGGGUUUGUCAUCCGAGAAAGCUUCUGAUUUGAUUACGUUUUACUGGAAAAUAAAUAAAACUCCCAGAAAGGCAAUUCCCGAGAACAGACAGGCAAUGUUACCAAAAUUUCAAGAAGGUAAAAUGAACACAGUAGAGCUAGAAAAACAGUUUGGUAAAAUCAAUAUGACAUUGGAAGAAUCUGAAGAGGCUCUGAAAAUUUCUAAAGCAGAAAAAAUAUAUACUGAUGAUACAGGAAGAUGUAACCUUCAACUAUCAAAGCAAACAGUGAAGGUAAGGAAUAUCGAUCUUUCGGUAUUCAGAAGUAUAUUUCAUAUAACGAGAAUGAAAUCAGGAAAUUUUUGGGCAAGUGACAGUGAAGGAAAUCUCAAUCAGUUUGACCCAAAAGGAAAGUUGGGAAAACAAAUAACCACCGGCAGAAGUUCAUAUGGCUACCAUGCAGUCACUAAUGAGGGAGAAUUGCUGUAUGCAGAAAGAGAAAAGAAAGCUGUUUUCAGGCUGUCAACCGAUAUGAUGGAAAAGAAAAUAAUUGACACAAUGUGCUGGGUGCCACAAUCAAUAUAUACAUCUAAAAUAAGCGGAGAUAUACUUGUUGGGAUGGGUCAUGAAUCAGAUUGGGAAGUAUGUAAAUUGACUCGAUUUAGUACAGAGGGGAUAAAAUUUCAGGAUAUACAAAAGAAUGAAAAGGGAGAGAACCUCUUUAAAAGUACCCACUAUAUCACAGAGAAUAUAAAUGGUGAUAUCUGUACUUCAGAUACCCGUGGAGAAAAAGUGGUAGUUGUGACAAAGUCAGGCAAGCAUCGAUUCUCUUAUGAUGGACACCAAGCUCAACUAGAAUUUCAACCUUGUGGGAUCUGCACAGACGUUCUAGGACACAUCCUAGUGUGUAAUGGUUUUUAUGGCUUCUGCAGUAGAUUCUUCAGCAUCCAUUUGAUGAACAAAGAUGGACGUUUUCUUGGUUUUAUACUCAGACCACAAAAAUGCCCAGGAGCACCAAACACGCUCUGUAUUGAUGGUGAAAAGAACCUCUGGCUGGGGACGGAGGAUAACUCAUCUGUCCUUGUGUAUAAAUACCUCGAAAACAAAGACAAGUAA